CCUCGUUUGGAGUGCACGAUUAAUCCAUAUCAAACCAAUAACAAAGUUGAGUAAUUGUCGGUCUGCUCUUCGAGUUAAUUAUUGUGUAUAGUCUUGUCACUGAAAAAUCUUAAAGCAAUCAAUGAUUUAACACUGUGUUACAAAUACGACAAGGAUUUCCGUUUUUUCAAAAAAGAGACAUCGAACUGGCACAUUAAACUGUGAUGUUACUAGCCACUGAAUCAUCUCAACCAUUACUAGUUUAUACAAACAAACACUUCCAAAUCCGACCGUCAAGGUUCCGUGUUCUGUAUUAGCCUUACAGGUUUUCUCACCCUAAACAUGUGCCCCUCUUCCGUGUUCGAAAGAAGCAAGUAUGCCCAAGAUCGGUGCCCCUUCACCUGCUGCCUUGUCUGGUUAAAACACUCAUCGUCUUUCAUCAAAAUAUUUACCUUCCAAAUGAAGAUGUAUUGGCCAGUGCCAGUAGGCAUACUCCUGCGAAGAUAUCCUCCGUAGCACUGAUUAUGAGAAGAGCAGCCUGUAAAAGCUAAUGAUGUAAAAUGUUCUUUCAUUUGAACAGUUUCUGAUGAUUGCAGCCUGUUACCGUACAACCUUAUGAAUCUUGUUAGCUUGUGAUUGCAUGACUCUGAACUGCAACUUGCAUUGAAACUCCUACAAGCAUCAAUGGAUUCCCAAAUGGAGCAGCAACUCCGGCAAAUGCAGGAGGACAUCCAAGUCUUCCUUGGUAGACUCCAAGGAAGCCAGUCUCCUUCCAAUCUCCCUUCAGCCAACACACCCAGAUCCACACCGACAUCUUCACAGAGUUGUUCUCGGCCUGUCUUGCCUACAAGGACACCAACAGCUUCACAGUCAGUCGCUGAGUCACCCUCAAUUUUCACACCCAGAUCCACGUUAUCAGCUUUACCGACAAUUUCUCAGCCUGUCACGAAUCUUCAGCCUCAGCCCACAAGAGCACCAACAUCGUCACCGUCAGUUGCUGAGCCUAGAGAAGAACUUUGGCGCUUGCAACUGGAAAAUGAGCGUUUACGGGCUCAACUGAACCGCCUCCCACCUUCGACCUCAAAUAGAAUUUCACUUCCAUCACAGUCUUUGCCCUCUUCACCUAGUAUCCAACAGAAUAGCCCAAACUUGGACUUAAUAAUUCAAAGAGCUCGGGAACGGAGCAGGGCAAGCGUAUCCCAAUCGACUAUGCUGCGAGGUCGCAGUCGGACACCACAUCCACCGAAGUCAGUAUAUAAAGAGGUCAUACUCUUGCCAACAGCAUCAAGAAGACACACGCUAUUUCCUCAUGAAAAAUCAUUUUUUAAAGGUCGGAAGUUACUCUACCCAGCAGUCGCUUUCUCGAGGGACAUGUCAGCAGAAAGUGUCAGAACCAGGAUCCUUGACACAUUUCAUGACCACAGCGUUGGAAUGAACUUCCUUGUGUUGGAGCCAAUGCAAAGAAAUCUAGCGGAAGUGCCAUUGCCUCCUGGCACUUCUUUGAAUGGUCAAUGCCUACUGCAUAUCUGGAGGCAAAAAAGCAUCUAUAUUGCUCCAGAGAGUAAUUUACCAGAGCACUAUUUCCCAGAGUACCGGGAAGGCUGUGGGCUGUUGGAUGACUCAGAUGAUGAUGAUGAGGAAACCCCGUUACUAGAGGCAAGGGUAUCAGAUUCUGAAAGCCUUCUGAUGGAGGGGUCUGUGGCAAUGGCAGUUCAUGAAGACGCUGCAUCAAGUGUUUCACCUCCACUGGUCGACCAAGUGUUUCCUGGGCCAAGUUCUCCAGUUCUGGAUGAUCCACAGCCAGGUCCAUCCCAACUGGACACAAGUCAGAACCUGCAAGCCCUCCUGAGGCAACAGCAGCAACUGAUCAUGGGCACAAGGCCUCUCGGCAAAAUUAAAAUUCUUGCCAGGAGAAAUCAUGUGUUCAGCUCUGCCAUGUCUUAUCUGGCAACAGAGUCCGAUUUCAGGAAACCCCUGAAUGUAAUGUUUAUCGAUUCGAGAGGCCGGCCUGAGGCAGGAACGGAUGCGGGGGGCCUGACGCGGGAGUUUUUCACUCUUGCCUUUGGUGAGAUUCACCGUUCAUCCAUGCUAGUAGGCCCUGACUCUCUGAAAGACAUCAUUUAUGAUGAGCUUUCUUUGCAGGAACGGGCCUACUACAUGAUGGGAUUGCUCAUUGCCUUGGCAUUUGCCCAUGGUGCGUCAGGCCCCCGGUUCUUUUCACCAUUCAUGUACCAGUGUCUACAGCGAGGCGUAAGUCAAGUGGAGCCUUCCCUGCAGCAAGUUCAUGAUCCGGAUGUGAGGGGUCACCUAGAGACAUUGGCUAAUUGUCAAGUGCCUGAGGAGUUUGAAGUCCUAAAAAGAUCCAACCAUUUCACAGAGUGCUGGGAUGAGACAACUAUUCAGCAUGCCACUUUAAAUGAAAGAGAUACCCUGUACACAGAGGCUCUACUUCACCACACAUCGAAUGUCCGCUCAGCAGUCGUGUAUGAGCAAUUCCUAGAGGGGCUGGACAGCUUGGGGACCAAGGCUUUGGUACUUGCCAAUGAGAGUCUUUUUGAGCAGGAGUUUGUGAGGAAGGUGGAGGCCCUCACUGUUGAAAAAUUCAUUCAACUUUUUGAUAUAAACCUAAGCGAGGAGGGCUCAAACUCCUACGCAAAGGAAAUUGAUGUUCUUGAGUUAUUUUACCGGUUCCUGGAAGCAGUUGAGUCCAAACAGGUGACUGCAAGGAAGCCCCAAAUAUUCCCUGGAGACGAGGAAGAGGAGGUGGUAGUUUUAAGUUUGGAGGAUAUUCUGCAAGCCGCCACCGGAGCAAGGGCCGUCCCUCCUCAGGGCUUCAGCUUUGGGCAGCCCAUUAUCCGAUUUUUGCACACUGAAGCCGAAAAUCCGCUGCCGAAAUUCAGUGCGUGCACUGGGGUUAUUUGGCUGCCCACAAAGUUUACUUCGUUAAUUUACCACUAUCCUGCCUUUCAGAGUAACUUGACAGAAGGAGUGGUAAAUGGCCUAUUUGAAUUUGGCAGGGUCUAAUAUUGACCAUAUUAACCAUGAAGCCGGUUAUUAUUCUAGCUUCUUUCUCUGUUAUCACCAUUAUCAGGUCUUUAAUUUCCAAGGGUUUACACUGCUUUUGUUUCGAGUACUUGUGUGAUGAUCCACCUCUAGGUUCGACCUUCGUUUUAUAGUUUCGUAGGUAUCAUAGUUCAGAUCUGUACCAUACAAGCCAUCAUCAUUCUCAUCUCUUUAUUUUUAAUCAUUGUCUUGUAAAUUUUUAAGUUUCUUAACCUGUCUGACAUUCAACAGUGCUUUCGUGCGAUGCCAAGUUUGGGCACAUCAAGUUGGCAGUAGAAAUCAAAAUUAUUAACUCACUAGUUUGAAGUUUCAUGUUUUUAUGUGUUAAAGGUUGCAUUGCAUAACCUGUUUUUUUUUUAAAAUAAUGUUUGAAAAAUCUGUGAGGUCAACUUUUAAUGUAUUACUUAUCAUUUAAAAAACUUGUCAAUGCCUAUGCCUAAUUGAGAGGAAUGCACACCUCAAUUUCACCGUUUAAAAAUCUCUGAUUCGUUUUAAAUCAGAUUUGUUCAUGUAGGAAGAAAUUGCUUUAAGCAAGUCUGGCAUAAAUUUUUGGAUUGAAACGUAAGCCAAGAAUGGUUUUAUUUUGACCAAACAUUUUUUACAGCGGUUACUUCUCCUAUUUUAAUCAGUCAAAACGUGACACUCAAUGUUUUUUAACGGACUUUUUUUUAAUUUCGGAAGGUAAUUUUCUUUUUGAUAAAAGCGUAAAAAGCGAAUUUGAUCUGGAGUCAGUAAGAACGUUUGAUUUUGAUUUAGCAUCAAGUAAAAUUAAACUUUGAAAGCAAAAAUGAAAGCUCUAAACGUGCUUAACGAAAGAAUAACCGUCCAUUUGUUAAUGUAGAGUAAUUAGCAUUUUCAUAAAACCUGUAGUUACCAGUCUUGGGUCCUCGACUUUGCAUUGAACUAUUCAGGGGUAAAAAAUUUAGAAUAAUUUUAAAUCUGUUUUAAAAGUAAAAAACAUAUUAUUUUGUGCAGCAACUUUUGACUAUAAAUAAUUUUUGUAAUAAGUUUAAGAGGUUUAAUUUUUUUCAAUUGUAUACAGCUUCCUAAUUUUUUCACUGAAGACGCUAGGAUUCAUUGAAGAAAUAUUUGAGUGUUAGAAAAUAAAAAGAAAAAUCUGAUGUAUUUUCAUUGGUAUGAAGAGAUUUAUUUUAUUAUUGAAUUGAAUUAUGAAUGUAAGACAUUUCAAGGUGUGAAAGAUUUCAGAUUAGCUGUGAUCUUUGUAAAUAGUAAGCUUCAAUGGUGAAGAUUGAGUUUGUUACUUAAUUUUGCGUUCUUGUAGUUUUGAAUGAGUGACAACGGACUAUCAGAGAAGAUGCGAAUUUAGGCUUUCUGAUACAUCUUUCCUAACCUAAAGUUUCUUUAUAACACGAUUUGUACAACGAAAAUUACUGAAAGCAACUCUAAAGUAAGAUUUUAACAUCUUUAGUUUACAUUGAUGGCAGAAAAUUUUAACUCUUUGCUUAAUUAAAUCGCGCAAUACAAAGGGUUUGGAAAUUAGCCUCUUGAUCCAGCAAUGUUCCUUCCCUUUCUUGCGUUGACCUAAGUGAUAAAAGCGUGGAACAGCUUAGGUAAGGCACUGAGAUUGAGGCUGUCAUAUUUUCAUACGGCAUAUUUGGCAUUUUAUGGUUAUAUGGUAAUUUUUAGUGUGCGAUUUGACUAAUGUAUACUCCUGCUAUUUCAUAAGCAUGAGGUUCGCCUUUGGGCAUCAAAAAACGUUAAAUAUCCUAGGAGUUAAUUUCAGUAAUUGUAGUCGUGCGAAUCGUGUUCUAUGUGAAACUUAAUUUUCAAAUUUUGUAGUUCAGAAAAUGUAUGCGAGACAUGUUGCAAGAUUCUAUACUACACGUACCUGUAAAAUAUUUUCAAGCAUUUGAACGGUAUUUUACAGUUCAUUUUCUCCCUUCAUGAAGCUACUCAGAUUGAAGCAAAAUUGCCUUUCAAGAAAUACCUUUUCUUCGAAUUUUUAAAAAUAUAAUCAGUCUUUCAUAGGAACCGCGUAUCAGCAUCAAUAAGGUUGCUACAACAUUCAACAUGAACGCAAGUAGGCCAGAAUGUUGAAGCCUUUCAUUACCCACUACUAUCAACUGUUUUGAAUAUUUUUGGGGGCAUUGUAUAUAAUAUCGUUUAUCGUAUAAACUUAUAUAUUUUAUUUUGUUUUACAUCAUAUGAAAUGAUUUCUGUCAGAGGUGUCAUUUUGAUCAAUUAGGCUAAUUUUAGAACCCUCUAAAAAUUAUGUACUUAUGUAUCGUUUUUAACAGUAUUUUAAAUGUUCCAAGUUCUGAAACUUGCUCAUCUUGCAGGACAAUACUGAAAAUUCUUUGAACGCAAAAGAGAGGUGCUGAAUUGUUUCAGCGAGUGAUUCGCGAGAAAGAGUCAUUCUUAUUCCGUAGGGCACAGCUUGCCACAGCGAGAUAGCUUAAGCUCUGAUGGUAUGCAGUUAGAGGGGUAAUCUCAUUUGAAAGAAGACUUUAGAAAAUUUCCAAAUCAACAUUAAAAUUAACGCCGAAUGGCCCAAAAAAGAUCAAAUUUGUAACAUUUAAGUCUUAAUCCCCAACUUAGCCCUUGAAUCAAGCAUUACACAGCAAUUUUUUGUAGCUCUGUGGUUAGUAAGUACCUAAUGUUUUUAUAAUAUUCUGGCAUUUAUCUUUUUGGUGUUAAAAACUUUUGGAUACAGAAAGGGGAUAAUUGGAUUUAAGUUUAGGAAUGUUACCUAUGGUUUUGUCGAUCAAUCAGUACCUUUGGAGCUAUAAUUGAAUCACUGCAGAAUUGUUACGAUUGAAUUCUGUCUAAUUUUACAUCAAAAUUCUUUUUGCCAGGUUUUGUGCUAAGUCAACGAUCUGAUUUAACCCCUAUCCUUACGAGUAGAAAUCCCCGACAUACAGUCUCCUGACUGAUUCUUAAUGUUACAUUAAAAUGUGCUUCUUUUUCAAAGCCAAUUUACAUUGGUUUCUGCACUCAUGAUUUUGAAUGUUCUGUGGCUUAUCGUCAGUAUAAAAAAAAUCUGCGUAGAGUCAUCGGAAAUGAUCAGUCAAAGUUGCCAGGUUACUCAAUUGAAUGUGAAUAUUUUUCAUGGCUUUGAAAGCGGGAGUUUCAAAAAUGGUUGUGCUAACUUUUAAUGACUAUUUUUAAGAAUCUCACUUUUUCAAGAGAGCAAAUGAAGAUUCUCCGUCCAAUCAUAUUUUGUUUCUUUUCCCUCUCAUGUGUAAAAUGCUAUGAAUAAGUACCUAGUAUGAUUAAACGUAGUGUAACUUUUAA